AUGUCGGACAAAAUAAGUCAAGGGGACCUACUGGCAGCCCAGACAAUAAUCGAACACUACUUAGACCGGCCCGACCCGGACGGCUACCAGGAGUUGUACGGGGAUAGGCUACGUAAUACGAUCGGGUUCGCCAUGGGCCUGCCGGUGACGUUGCCGCAAUCUAAAAUGGAAAUUGAGAGAGCGCGCCAGGAUCAAUUUUGCUAUUUUCGCGGCACCAGCUUACAAGCCAUUGAAGUGAUCAAGAACAUGAUUGACGAGACGUGCCCGCGCACUGUACGCGUGUGCGUGUUGCCCACUGUGCUGGCUUACCAGAGCAAGCUGUACGAGUUGCCCGUGUUUCGCGUGCUGGACAAGCGUGACGUGCGUCGGUUUGUGGACAACUGUGGCCGUUAUUAUAAGGAUUGGGACGACUGGAUGACUAACAAUAAGCUGCCAGCUGGAUUUGUGGUCUAUCCCAAUUGCGGUAAACUACAAAGUUCGCCAACGCACCCAGGAUGGCCAGAUUGUUCUAUUGUAGCGACGCCAUCGAACACUAUGUGGGCUACUAUAGUGAAGGAUGUGGACUUUGCGGCCGCCGUUGGCGGUGCAGCUUUGGGUGUGGCCGGUUUAUUCACCGGUGGUCUGGCCAUACCCGUAGCGCUGGAAGUGCUUACCGCGUAUGGGCUGUUUCGGUCGGCCGAGGAGAUCACCGACCGCGUGAGGCACGGCGAGUCGAUGAACCCGAUUACCGAUUCCCGGGCCCGCCAGAUCUGGCUCGGUGUGGCGGCUGACAUUCUCGGCAUUGGCGCCAUGGGCGCGUCCAUGCGACUGGCCAGUCUGGCAGCUAAAGGCGAAAAUAUCACAAUCGCCCUGCGCUCGGUGGUCAACACGCUGAACGCCGUCUCGUUUAGCUCCCAUUCCGCGUGCGUGGUGACCGGCUGGUUGGAGUUGCUGGAUCAUAUUGACCAGGCCACGCCCGUGGAGAUCGUGCUACAGUUUCUGCAAACGGCAUUUUUUGUGAAAGGGAUGUACAGUUACCGUACGGCCGGGCAGAUUAUCACCGAAGCGCGACAAGGGUUUUUCGCCAGCGUCACCCGCGACCUAAACGAGAAUGAUCAGCAACACUUUCAAAACGCCCGCAGAGCGCACAAUAACGACGCUGAAUUUAUACGAUUUAUGCGGGCGGGGGGCGGCACCAGUUCGCCAGUGCUUGGCGCUCAGAUAUUGGCCGAGCUACAGUCGAGCGGCGCCAACUACUAUAUCGACGACCAGGGCAAAGUCUAUCUGAUCGCCGACGAGGGGAUCUCUACAACUGUACGGCAGUACGACAAGUCCCUUUUAGAGCGCUACCCGGCUCCGACGCGAGCCGUGAUGUUCCGGGUGUUGGGCGGCCACUGGGACGCCAUUGACGGUGAUAGUUUUGACGCGAUGCGCCGCCAUAUUGGUUACGAAAGAUUAUUUAACCUGAUCGGCCAGAUAGCGGACCAUUAUCAAAUUAGUCCCAACGAUGCGGCCCGCGGGCUGACCUACAUGUACCAGCGGGCUGGGUCGGGCGCGGCUGGACUGAAUCCGCGAUUCGAAAGCAAUAGCAUAGUGAUAGCCAGUGGCCAUUCAUUCACCCUGGCACAAUUGGAAAGUUUUCAGCCGAUUCAAUAUCGGGCGAUUACUGAAUAUCUUUUACCGUUAAAUCCAUCGGAGUCGAGCAUAUUUAACAAAAUUCGCACCAUCUAUAAUAACGACAAUGAGUUACUGUCGUGGUUGGGCCGGCUACCAUACCAGCACGGCUACCAGGCGGGCCGGUUACUAUGUCAAAUGUACAGCGAAGGUCUCAUGAAACUAGACGUGUACGUUGAGGGCAACGGGCAAUUAAUGCUGCGCCGACAAUUGCGGUUAAGUCAGCAACGGCUCAGCGAAAUUGAGCCCCUAUUGCGAUUAAGUCUGCAACGGCUCAGCGAAAUUGAGCCACCAUUGCGCUGCACGAUAUUUAAGGCAUUAGAGGAAUGGGAUGGUCACCUGGACACUUUACGGCGACAAAUACCAAAGUCACUGCGAUUUAAAUUUGAGCAGGAAAGACGCGAUGCCGUGCACUGGUAUAACGCGGUGCGCACACGGAACCGGCUCAGUGGUCGCCCCCAUGACAGUUACCCGCCCCAUGAAAUGGACAGAUUGAUCGCCAUGCGCGAUUGUCUGGCCACUAGAGGCCUCAGUUGGAAAAUGGCCAUGUUCCCGGAAAUGGUCAGCACAUGGGCGCUCCAGGAGGCCACCAGUGUAUCGGAGUUUGCGUCGAACGUGGAGUACGCGCUGACCCGUAUUGACGAUGAUGUUGCGCUAAUACUGUCCACUUCACGCGGGGAUAAGGACACAAUAAGGAAGACUGUCGUAAAUAAACUACUUGGUGACCAGGAUGCUCGCACCCGAUUAACCAGCGAGUUUAACGCGGAAAUUGAAUUUGUUACAAACCACCAAAUGAUCGGGGUCAGCCAAGUGCCUGAAAAUCUACCCGACACGGAGUUGAUCGCUCAAAUCAGAACGCAAACGGUCAGGUUUGGUAGUGCUCGCAGCGCGGCCUACCAUUUGGCCAAACACCCUACUGACCCAAAAUCGGACUACAUACGACUGGCCCAGCAAACCAUCCGGCACCUGGAUAGUUUAACAGAGGUUACCUGGUCCCAGGACGGUACGGCACGAACCAUCAAGUUCACCUGGAACUUCGAGGGCCGCAAGGCUUACGUGGUGGUCGUGCUGGAAGAUAACGGCCGAGUGCUGUUGUGCUCGCACAUGCGCUCUACCCUACCAGCCAGACGAGCACGUGGCUAAGUUUGAGCUUAAUUUAUUACCUUUAUACGAUGCAGCUUAUUAUGUUUAAAUUUAUAUAUUUAUAUACUUAU